CGGUCGAGCCAUGCCACUGGCACUAUUGGCUGUCUUUUUUUGUUUUACAGUGGUCGGACUGAGUGGAUUGUAUCAUUAUUUAUCAUCCUUUUUUUACGAGCCCAACAUUUGUUACAUUAGGCUAAGACAGAAACAUGGCUGACACAAAAGUCGAAACUAGUAAGGAGAUCUCUGCCAAGGUAAGUGGACGGCAACUUGUGACCUGAGUGAUGAAUAAAUGACAAUUUCUACACUUUCUUUCAUUCAAAUAUAUUCCGGACUUAAGAUUUUGAAUGGAGAACAACUAUCGGAAGCUGGAACAAGUGUUUAUCCGAGCUUCAUUAAACCUAGCUGGCUUUGGAUGUGUCUUCUGUUGCGGAUGUUGGAAUGGAAACACUUUUAUUGGAGAUCUCUAUUUAUUGGAGGCUCUGUCGUAGCCGGCCGCGACCGGGAGACCCAUGGGGCGGCGCACAAUUGGCCCAGCGUCGUCCAGUGUAGGGAAGGGAAUGGCCGGCAGGGAUGUAGCUCAGUUGGUAGAGCAUGGCGUUUGCAACGCUAGGGUUGUGGGUUCGAUUCCCACGGGGGGCCAGUAUGAAAAAUAAAAUAAUGUGUGCACUAACUGUAAGUCGCUCUGGAUGAGAGCGUCUGCUAAAUGACUAAAAUGUAGCCAAACAAUUUGUAUCCAAAGUUGCACUCACCUCACUAGUCUAUUGAAACAAUCACGCCAAGCGAUGCUUUUAUUGCCCGGAGUAUAACAGUCUGCGCGCGGUUCUUUGUUUAUGCUAACGUAUCCGUUCACUUGAACACCGAUUUUAAGCUCUUUUGAAGAACUCACUCACACACGCACGCCUGGUUUACCGUUUCGAUUAAUUAGCUUUGUGUGCAUCUAAUAUCAUAGGCUACAUUGCAGUUGCCGGACGCAAUCGCGGCUGCUAUAGUGGCUACUGAUCCAUUCUCCAAUUUUGUACCACGCACCGGUCUGUCAUAACUUGCUACUUGAAUAUAUCCCAUUGUUUUUGGAGGUGGUUUCAUGGAGUAUAUGAUAUUGAUAUAGAAGUUUAUGGGGAAUGGCUCGGGCAUAAAAGCCUCGCGCCUUUUAUAAUACAGAAUGAGGUGAAAGGGAUUUAAACAGCGCGUAAAUGUUUAAUAACGUAACCAACAUAAAACAAUUAUACCCGACCUAAGUACGAGAUGAAUAGGCUACAGGAGUAAUUAUAUUUACUGUAAACGGAGUGACGAUAGCUGCUCCUGUCUUCGAGCUCUGUGUUUAUGUUGAGUGAUUCACGGCUGUAUUGACAUGGAUAAGCCCCGCGGUGUGUUCAUUCCACCAGGCUUGUCUGCGCGCAAUGUGACGGAGCCUCGAUCGGAGCUCCGGAGUCUCCCGUUUAAGAGCAUCAGUUGGCUUGUAAACCAAAUUUGGAUUGACAUUCUUUCUAUAAAAAAAGCGCACGAAGUGUGUCAUCCAGACAGUGAUUUACUUUGGUCAUUUUUGGCGAGAAAAUAUAUUUAGAUUUAGACAGCGGUAGUCUUAUGAUAAAUCGAACUCGAUGAGUGUAUAUGUGGGCUUUGGCGGCGCGCAAUAACGAUAUGAAUAACCAGUGUAGGACGUGAGUGCGAGCGAAAAGUUGAACUGUGUUCAUUCUCUCCUUCUCUCACACACCAGCUCCUUUACAGCGUAACCCUAUUCGGGGGGGGGGGGGGGGGGGGGGGGGGGGGGGGGGGGGGGGUGGACGGACAUUCACGACAAACCAGCAUUGCCUCUUGAAGGCAUAGUUUCGACCUGCUGAACCGCGUUUUUGCGGUUACUUAUUACAUAGGCCAUUUUUUGUCAUUUAACAGACACUCUUAUCCAGAACCACUAACAGUAGUGAGGUUCGUACUUUCUUCCUGUACUGGUCCCCCGUGGGAAUCGAACCCAAAACCCUGGCAUUGCAAGCGCCAUGGUAUACCAACUGAGCCACAAGGGUCCACUCAUCAUAUGUUGUUCAAACGACCCCGGUGAUGAUAAAACAAAUUUGGUAUGUUGAUGUCUCUUUUAGUCUAUAGGAUGACAUUUAUGCUUAGUUUCCCUCGCUAUUGGAGCAGCGGCGCCGCUGUGCGUAGUUGCCUAUAUAUAGGCUACAAUACAAUAUUGGCAUGUAAAGGUGUUGUUGAAGGAGGGUACAGGGGGAUGUAGCUGCUUACCGGCGUAUGGGCUCAGCUUUACUCAAACUAAUUCAUGAAUAGAUUUCCUUAUAGGAAGAGGUUAAAACUAAUGAGAGUAAGACAAUCAAUUUUUUUGGGGGGGGGGCACUAAAAAGGGCUAUUGGAAAAAGUGCCUUUGUCCUUCAAGUGAAAAGUCGUUAACAUAGCCUGAUAUUAUCAUAAAGACCUUUAAUGGAACACCAACACCCAAUCAGAAUGGUUUUUGAUUGGUUACAAACCUUAUUGUCUUCAUUUGUAGAAUGGAAAGUCAAUCAAACGCAUAUCCCUGCUAGACGCUAUUGUCUCGCUUCCCUGGAGUUAAUUUAGUCAGCCUCCUUCUGGUAGCGUUCGUUUGGACGCUCUUAUUGGCUGUGUUAAAACAGGGUUCAAGGGGAUUUGUAGUCUUUUUCCGGGCGUGUCUUCAUAGCGUCCCAUUACAUGGGUCCUUGACUGAACUACAAUGCUCGUUGCACUCAACUCGCUCAUGGUGUCAGGUUGCAACACUUCUAUUAGAUCUCCAAAAGUAGGCGGGGAGUAGAGCAGAAAAGCAACCAAUAGAAGGUUUAGGAUCAAAGUAUCGCAUUUCAAAUGAAAAACGAAAGCAUGCUUUACAACUUUAGGUGAGGUUGGAGGGAGAGAGGAUGUGUGUGUGACAACCUUGAUUGAACCUGUGAUAUAUAUUUUAUCCACCAUGUGCCACACACCUUAUGACUCAAACAGUCUCUCAUUUUCAAUUUCCCCCAGGACCUGAAAGAGAAGAAGCUUGUUGAAGAGGCAGAAAAUGGAAAAGACACCCCAGCCAACGGAAAAGCUGUAAGACUUUAGGACUUUACCUUUAAUUGGCCCUUUUCUCCAUUUUACCUUUAACAUGGCCCCAUCAGUUUCUUUACACCUGUCCUCACCUGUCUUCUUCAUUAUCCUUAUAAAAAGGUAUUUGUAGAAGUAAAUCUAUGAGGCAACUCAUGUUUUCUUUUGUUUUUAUUACUAACAAGAUAUCACCACUCCGAAAUAAUACAGUGUUUCAUCCAGCAUGUAUUUUUCCCUGGAGACAAACAUAUCUGAUGCAUUGUGUUGUUUUUCCACAGGAAGCUGAGGAGAAUGGCAAUGAGGACAAUGAUGUAGAGGAGGAUGAUGAUGAUGUGGGAGAGGAGGAGGAUGAGGAAGAUGAUGCUGAGGGUAAGUGGUCUGGUCUUUCACAACGCUAUGAUGCUCUGGAUAAGAGCGUCUGCUAAAUUACUUAAAUGUAAAUGUAUGAUGGCAGAGUAUCCAUUACAUGUUGACAUAUUCACCUUGUGGCAGUGAUGUCUAUUUGCUUGUACUAGUCUGAGGCAGUCUGCCUGAGAAAUUGUUUUGUUGGAGCGCCCUCUAUGUGUUAUAAACUGUAACUACUAGAAACUAAACCUGUCUUCCUCUCUGAAGGUGAUGAAGAAGAUGAUGAUGACGAUGAGGUCGAGGGUCGUGCAGGCAAGAGGGCGGCAGAGGAUGAUGAGGAUGAUGAUGACGAGGUAAUGUAAGAACUUGAAUCUAUCUAUUGCAUUUACACAUAGAAACUAAAAUAACUGAUCACAUAUUGACUUUUUCUUUGCAGGAUGAUGUUGGAACGAAGAAGCAGAAAACCGACGAUGAUUAAGAGUUUUGUGUUCAACCCGCUGGAAGCUGCUGCAACCUCUCUCCUCGACCGCUGAGCGUUUUGGAGGGAAACUGUGGUCAUCAUCAAGUAGAGUUCAACGUCCGUGUACACACACACCCAACUGCAAAUUUUUUUAGAAAACCCAAGACGUCAAAGUUCUACCUUCUUAACAAGAUACAGUACUUUAAAAUGAGAAUUUGUUUGUAUUUUUAUUUACAUUUUAUAUUUUUGUACAUAUUGUUAGGAGGUUAGCCAUUUUUCGACAGUGAUCUCUGGUUACCAAACGGUGCUUUGAAGUUGAUGCUUCUCUAUGAAAUAGACUUUACUUGUGGUUUGACCAUGUCAUGCUAUCUCAACACAAACUUGUACAAAUUUCAGAAAACAAUUAAAUUCAAAGCAUUCCAGUAACUUUGUAAAUGUACUUUAGUUGUACCAUACAAAGUUGGUUUGUAUGAGAUGGCAAGGCCAAAGAAAAGAGGUGUCUUUUCUGUCUGUUAAAUGGCUGUCUGUUGUGGCCUGUUUAAUGUAUGUGUGAAUUUCUUGAACAACAAUAAACCGGAAUCUUAUUUUGUGAGUUCUUAAUUUCUUCUGAUUCGUUUUUUUGUUUUGUUUUUUUGACCCGUCAUAGAUGGGACUUCAUAAUGUUAUGUUACAGUCAGCCACCUCAACUAUGAAAAUCAUCAUGCAGCUUUUGGCUCUAUAAUCUAUAAAAGUAUCGUUUUCAGAUAUGCUGUUCAUGUGUUUUAUUGGCCUGUUAGAACUGUACAUCAAUGUAAAUUAUUCAUGCCUUAUCUUAAAGACUUCAAGAUCUGGUAAAUUAUGUUGCAUUUAAUACA